UCCUAAAGCUGUUUCCAUUUGCUUUGGAUCUGCAUCGGUUCCCACGCAUUCGAAACCCUAAUCUCCACCGCCUCUCUCACUUCACUCGGAAUGAAGAGAAGAGGGGAAGCAUCGGAGGACAAAGUAUGCUAUACAUGUGGUCAUACUGGAUUUGCCGAUUUCAUUGCAACCUGUUCUCUUUGUAAAGUGUCCCAUGCACACACGUAUUGUAUGAGUUUAGUCCGUUUUGAAGUUCCAGAAUUGUGGCGCUGUGAGGAAUGUUUACGGAGUGCUGAAGCAAUUAGUAAUAGAAAUUUACCAGAGCACCAAUUUUGGCACAAAGGAAAUUUGAGGAAAGUUGAAGCUGGAAAAGUAAAGUUUAUCACCAAUGAAGAAGUGGUUACAUUGGCAUCGGGGAGAAGGUCACAUGGAAGAGGAAAUCCAAGUGCUUUUGGCCACCAUAGCGAUUUUACAUGUUUUAAUCGUCCUCCAAUAUCAUGCAAGACAGUUGCUUCUACAUUUCCCAAGUCGAAGGUGAUUAUGGCCCCUUCUUGUCCAAAGAAAGGGCCUGUUUAUGUUGGUGUUGGCUUCUCUCCUUCAAAGCGCAAUGAGCCAUCAAAAUCUGUUGUUAACAAGGAAAAAGAUUCAUUGCGUGCUGAUGAUGGGCAGAUAUGCUUGGUGGAUAAACACAAAAAAAAUAAAACACCUUUGAAGCCUCAACAUGUCCGCUUAUUCAAAGAGGAACCAGCAAAUGCUUCUCUUGCUAUGAAGGAAGGAAGGGAUUUGCAUGAGAGAAAAAAUGCAAAUGUACUACCAAUUAAUGCUUCUGGAACUGCAGUACGUUCUAUUCCGCAAAGUAGUCAAAGUUUACCUCAAAAAACGUUGCUUCCACUCAAAUUGGUUAUUAGUGCAGAUGAAAAACAUCAUCAUGCUUUAGAAGCCUGUUGGAGGGGAUCUUUUGAGGUGCUAAAGUUGGUUAACCAGUUCCAUGGUACAGUUCGUGCGCAUUUUCCUUGUCAAGUGUCUCCUAAAGUAUAUGAUAUCUCAAAGCAUCUGCCUGGAAUAUUACAGUUCAAGAUGCUUUCUCGUGAAAGUGUGUGGCCUAAGAUUUUUAAGCUUGAGCCUCCAACAAAGAACGACGUGGCCUUGUACUUCUUGUGCCAAGUAGAACGGCAUAAAAAAAAUUAUGCUCAUUUCAUUCAGCACAUUAGUUCGCAUGAUUAUGCAUUACAAGGUUCCGUGGCAGAUGCAGAGCUACUGUUAUUCACAUCUGCACAACUACAGAUUGAUUCCAAGGACAUAGGGGGGAAUAUAUAUCUUUGGGGUGUAUUUCGACAUUUGAAGAAAAAGAAAGCUAGUCAUGUAGAAGAAAAGCCGUUAUCAUGCAGCCCUUCUACACCUAAAGCUUCUUUUCCACAGAGUCGAUCUAAGGCUCCCCUAACUGUUACUUCCAUGGAAGUUGCCGAGCAGGUUCAAGUUGAGAUGGAGAUUGAUAUGUUGGGCGGUCAUCCCAUUGGAAGAACUGAUGUGCCCGUGAAGCUCGAAGAUGCUCCGUCUCAGUUUUCGAAGCCCGUUCGGAGGCCUCCUGUGAGCUUUGCCACUAAAAAGUCUGUUAACUCACCUGUUUCAGGUCCUCCACCGGGCUUUCCCAUUCCAGCAUACCAAAAGCCCAUCCCGGCACCUCCGGGAAAUUUUCUUAUAUAUUUUGCACAGACAAUCAUGAGGCUCAAUUGAUGGCAGCACAGCACUAUUCAUGUCUUGUUCAAACCUGGUUUUAUAAUUGAAAAAGAAAUUCAACGAUUGGCUGAAGGGAGAGGAGAGGGCUGCUGAAUAGAAUUGAAAAAGAUAUGUAAAUAGAAAUAGCUAAGAAAUGUAAAUAAAUAAAAAAAAGCUUUAGAUUUCUUGAUUAGAACUGUGUAAUUGAUCUUUGGUAGAAUCCUUUGUUUGGGUCAUUUUGAGCUUCCCAGAUUUGGAAGAGCUUGAUUAUGUAAU